UAGCUGAAGUUUAGCAGCCAGAAGGAAGGGAAACUUGCGCUUGCCUACUUGUUUUCUUGGGACCAUGAUUGGUAAUUCUUAUUAGUAUUCAUCUAACUGUUGCAUUGAAAACAUUGAUGCUUUAAGGUUUUCUGUAUUUUCUUCUCUACUUUCUUUGAAAAAGAACCAGUGCUACCAGCGCUGGUAACAGCGUGACAUCCUUGAAGUCUACAAUCCUUUGACGUGAUUCUAUAAAAAUGAUUUGGCAGUGGUUCCAUAUUUUUUUUUUAUCCUGCAUAAUAUUAAAUGUUACUGCAGAAUCAUAUUACAGUAUAAUAGCUCCAAAGGUAAUACGAGCUGAUUCUGAAUAUCAUGUAGCUGUAAGUACUACUGGUGUAUCAACACCAUCAACAAUAUAUAUUGAAUUGAAUGGAUUGCUUGAUAAUGGAGAAAUAUUCAAUGUAUCUCAAGUUAUACGUGUACAGCCAUAUAUGACAAGAAUUUUACAAUUUGAAAUUGGUGAUAUUAUUCCUGGCAAAUAUCAAUUAAUUGCACGUGGUUUGUCAGGAAUAGAAUUUUCAAAUUCUAAAUCAAUAGAUUAUGUUCUCAAAAGUUAUUCAGUUUUUAUUCAAACUGAUAGAGCAAUUUAUAAACCAGGAAAUAAAGUUAUGUUUCGAUGUAUUUUAUUAAAUUCUAGACUUAGACCUACACUUGAAAGAUUAGUAGAUAUUUAUAUUACAGAUGGAAAAGGAAAUAGAAUUAAGCAGUGGAUUCGCCCACCUGUAACUCAUGCAAUUUUCAAUGGAGAAAUUGAACUAUCUGAAUUUCCAGUUUUAGGUACUUGGAAAAUUACAGCUAAUGUUGGAGAUCAAACAUUUGAAAAGGAUUUUGAAGUUGCUGAAUAUGUAUUACCUAAUUUUGAAGUAACAAUUGAUGCUUCUAAACAUUUUACAUUUAAAGAAUCAAAAAUUACUGCAACAAUUUAUGCCAAGUAUACUUAUGGUAAACCAGUGAAAGGCGAAGCAACAAUUACAGCUUAUCCGGAUAUUUUUUCUGGUGUAAUACAACCAAUAUAUCAGCAACCUGUACGAAAAGUAAUUCCUAUAAAUGGAAAAGUAAUUGUUGAUUUUGAUAUUUAUAAUGAAUUAAAAUUAACUGAUGAAUAUGAAAGACCAGUCAUGCUUGAUGUUACAGUAGAAGAAUCUUUAACUGGUAGAAGACAGAAUACUUCUACACAUAUAACAUUACAUAAAAAUAAAUACACAAUGGAUUUAAUAAAAACAUCAGAAUAUUAUAAACCAGGAUUAAAAUAUACAGCAUUUAUAAAAAUAACAUAUCAUGAUGGAACACCAGUAAGAGAUAAUAAAAAUCCUGUUAUAAUAAAAUAUGGAUAUAGUUAUGAUAAUCAGUCCAUAUAUACAAAUAUUACUGGUAUGUUGGAUGAAAAUGGAAUGGUAAAAUUGGAUUUUUAUCCACCAAAAACUAAUCAUAAUAUUUCUUAUCCUUUAAAUAUUGAGGCUCAAUAUUUAAAUCUUUAUGAAUGGUUUCCAUCAACAAAUCAAGCUAUGUCUCAAAAUAAUGAAUAUAUACAAGCUAUUUUGAAAACUGAAAAACCUAUGGUUAAUCAAGAUAUAGAAAUUGAAGUCAAUUCUACAAUUCCAUUGAAAUAUAUUAAUUAUGAAAUAUUUGGACGUGGUGAUAUAUUGGAUGCAGGUUCUAUAUAUGUUCAAAAUAAACAUACAACAAAUUUUAAAUUCUUAGCGACAUAUGUUAUGGCUCCUACUGCACAUGUAAUUGUAUAUUAUGUAGGAAAUGAUGGUGAAGUCAUUGCAGAUGCUUUAGAUGUAGAAUUAGAAGGAGUACUUCAAAAUUUUGUUGAUAUUAAAAUGGCACCUAAAGAAGUUGCACCAGGAGAAAAUGUUAAUUUAAUUAUUACAUCAAAACCAAAUUCAUAUAUUGGAUUAUUAGGUGUAGAUCAAAGAUCUCUUCUAUUAAAAUCUGGCAAUGAUAUUUCAUAUGAACAAGUAUAUAAAGAAUUAAAAUCAUAUGAUAAUGCACAUGAAUCACCUUAUACAAAUUCCAUUUUUGAUCGAUAUUUAUGGAGUCCUGGUUCAGCUACAGCAAAAGAUGUUUUCAGAGAAAGUGGUGCUAUUAUCAUAACAAAUGGAUAUGUUCAUGAAAAUUUACCCAUUAAACAACCGGGAAUACUGGAAGGUAGAAUAACAGGCUCACCUCAUGGAGCAUCCACACUUCGACCAGACCUUGGUCCACCUGUUAUGCACAAACUAGCAACAAGACCACCAUUGGCAGGUCCUUAUGCCUUCUCUCGCAUCCCACCUCCUGUAUGGAAUAAGCCCCGUGUUUUCCUAAUGCAUGACAUCUUAAACACUUGGCUUUUUACAAACUUCUCUGCAGGGCAUGAGGGAAAAAAUGAGCUGAAAAGAAAUGUACCUGAUUCGAUUACAUCAUGGGUGCUUACUGCAUUUUCUGUAAAUGAUGUUCAUGGAUUAGGUCUUAUAAAAGAACCACAAAAGUUGAAAGUUUUUAGACCAUUUUUCAUCGCAAUGGAUCUUCCUUAUUCCGUGAUCCGAGGCGAAAUUGUUGCAAUUCAAAUCGUAGUAUUUAAUUAUAUGAAUAAAAAUGUUGUAGCUGAAGUUUUAUUAACAAAUGAAGGCCAAUUUGAUUUUGCAGAAAUAUCUAAUGAAAUUCAAGAUGUACCAAAAUUAGAAUUAUAUCGUAAGAAGAAAGUUGAAGUAAAAGCUAAUUCUGGAAGUAGUAUAUCCUUUAUGAUUAUUCCACGAGAAUUGGGAUACAUUACAAUUAAAGCAACUGCAAAUAGUAUAUUAGCUGGAGAUAGUGUUAAUCGUAAACUUCUUGUUAAGGCUGAAGGAGAAACGCAAUAUGUAAACAGAGCAACUUUCUUAGAUCUUAGAAAUACAAAAAGUACAUCAAUUAAUGUCACAAUUGAUAUACCCAAAAAUGCUGUACCAGGUUCAGAACAUAUUGAAAUAUCUGCAGUAGGUGAUAUUUUGGGUCCAAGCAUUUUGAAUUUAGCAAAUUUAAUCAAAAUGCCAUCUGGUUGUGGGGAACAAAAUAUGUUAAAUUUUGUUCCAAACAUAAUGAUAUUAAAUUAUCUCAAAAAUACAAAUCAAUUAACACAAGCAGUGCAAAACAAAGCUCUUAGAUAUAUGGAAAUAGGUUAUCAAAGAGAAUUAACUUAUAGACAUAAUGAUGGAUCAUUUAGUGCAUUUGGCAUGUCUGAUAGCAGUGGAAGUACAUGGCUUACAGCAUUUGUUGCAAAAGCUUUUAAACAAGCUGCUGCAUAUAUUCCAAUUGAAGAUAGAAUAAUAGAUGAAGCUUUGCAAUGGUUAUCAAAUAAUCAAGCUCCUAAUGGAAGUUUUCCUGAAGUAGGAAAAGUUAGUCAUCGAGACAUGCAAGGUGGAGCUGCAAAAGGUCUUACAUUGACAGCAUUUACUCUUAUUGCUUUCCUUGAAAAUGCAAAUACAAAUGGAAGAUAUAGAAACACAAUAAAUAAAGGAAUUGAUUAUAUCGUUCGUAACAUAAAUGAUUUAGAUGAUGCUUAUGCUUUAAGUAUAUGCACAUAUGCCUUAAAUUUAGCAAAACAUCCAUAUGAGAAUACAGCAUUUAAUUUGCUAGAAUCUAAAGCUAUGACCAAAGAAGAUAUAAAAUGGUGGAAUAAACCGAUACCAGUAAAUGAUAAAAAUCCGUGGUAUUAUUCUCUACCACGAUCUAUUGACGUUGAAAUGACAUCUUACUCUUUAUUAACUUAUUUAGAGCGUAAUUUAAUCGCUGAUUCCAUACCUGUAAUGAAGUGGCUGGUAAAACAAAGAAAUGCAGAAGGGGGUUUUGCGUCUACACAGGAUACGGUAAUUGGAAUCCAAGCUUUGGCAAAGUUAGGUGAAAAAUUAAUAACAAAAAAUAAUGAUAUACAGAAUAAUAAUAUUUCUGUAACAUUUGCAUAUGAAGAAGGACAAAAUCAAAUGAAUAUAAAUUCUGAUAAUUCCAUGAUACUUCAAAAACAAAUGUUAUCAAGAAAAACAAGAUUAGUUAAUAUAACAGCUACUGGAAAUGGAUUUGUUUUGGUUCAAGUUACAUACCAAUACAAUUUAAAUGUAACUGGAGCAUGGCCACUCUUCACUUUAGAUCCGCAAGUAGAUAAAAAUUCCAAUGCUAAUCAUUUACAACUUUCAAUUUGUUCUGGAUUUGUGCCAACUAAAGAAGCAAAUGAAAGUAAUAUGGUUGUGAUGGAAGUCAAUUUGCCUUCUGGUUUUACUGUAGAUAAGGAAUCAUUACCUAGCCUCGAAGUAUCACAAAAUGUAAAACGAGUAGAAACUAAAAACGGAGAUACAAUCGUAAUAUUAUAUUUUGAUGAGAUGAGCAGACAAGAAUAUUGUCCUACAGUAUCUGCAUUCAGAACACAUAAAGUAGCAAAACAGAAACCAGUACCAGUUACUAUAUAUGAUUAUUAUGAUUCAUCAAGAAGAGCAAGAGUAUUUUAUGAACCACGAAAAGCUACUCUUUGUGAUAUAUGUGAAGAUGAAGAUUGUGAAGAUUUAUGUGUUUCGCAACCUGGUAAACAAAAAGAUUUAUCACAAUCCAGUGCUUCAUGUUUAUCAACUUGUAUAUAUCUAUACUCAUUAUUUACUUCAUUUUAUAUUAUAUACUUUGGUUAUUUGUAAUUUUAUAUAUUUUUUAAAAUUUUACAUAAAAAUUUUGUAUAAACAAUUUAUAACCAAAGUACAUUACAUACAAAUAUCAAGCUUUUUCUAUGUAAAAUAUUAUAAUCUAU